CGGGUUUCCUUUGUCACAUGACAGUGGUGGGAAGUGGGGGGGCGGCUGAGCAGGCGCCUAGCUAGGAGGGGGUUUGUUGCAAGCGCUGCGGGGGUUGCAGUGAGCGACGCGCCACUAUGCCGACUACACAGCAGUCUCCUCAGGAUGAGCAAGAGAAGCUCCUGGAUGAAGCCAUUCAAGCUGUCAAGGUCCAAUCCUUCCAAAUGAAGCGGUGUUUGGACAAGAACAAGCUAAUGGAUGCCCUGAAACAUGCCUCUAACAUGCUUGGUGAGCUGCGGACUUCAAUGCUUUCCCCAAAGAGCUAUUAUGAGCUCUAUAUGGCAAUCUCCGAUGAGCUACACUACCUGGAGGUGUACCUGACGGAUGAGUUUGCCAAGGGAAGGAAGGUGACGGAUCUCUAUGAACUGGUGCAGUAUGCUGGAAACAUCAUCCCGCGGCUAUAUUUACUCAUAACCGUUGGGGUUGUCUACGUGAAGUCCUUUCCUCAGUCCAGGAAGGAUAUCUUAAAAGACCUGGUGGAAAUGUGCCGUGGUGUCCAGCAUCCUCUGAGGGGCCUGUUUCUGCGCAACUAUCUCCUUCAGUGCACGCGGAACAUCUUGCCUGAUGAUGGGGAACAGACAGAUGAAGAAACGACCGGGGACAUCAGCGAUUCCAUGGACUUUGUGCUGCUGAACUUUGCUGAGAUGAACAAGCUCUGGGUGCGAAUGCAGCACCAGGGACACAGUCGUGACCGAGAGAAGAGGGAGCGCGAGAGGCAGGAGCUGAGAAUCCUGGUGGGAACCAACCUGGUUCGGCUGAGUCAGCUGGAAGGGGUCAAUGUGGAGAGAUAUAAGCAGAUUGUCUUGCCUGGCAUAUUGGAGCAAGUUGUCAACUGCAGGGAUGCCUUAGCUCAGGAAUACCUCAUGGAGUGCAUCAUACAGGUCUUCCCGGAUGAAUUUCACCUCCAGACCUUGAACCCUUUUCUACGAGCCUGUGCAGAGUUGCACCAAAAUGUGAAUGUGAAGAAUAUCAUCAUUGCUUUAAUUGACAGGCUUGCGCUCUUUGCACAUCGAGAGGAUGGGCCAGGGAUCCCUGCUGACAUUAAGCUCUUCGACAUUUUCUCCCAGCAGGUGGCUACUGUCAUACAGUCUAGACAAGAUAUGCCUUCGGAGGACGUGGUGUCGCUUCAGGUCUCUCUCAUUAACCUGGCGAUGAAGUGCUACCCGGAUCGUGUUGACUAUGUCGACAAAGUGCUGGAGACAACGGUGGAAAUCUUUAACAAGCUGAACCUGGAGCACAUCGCCACAAGCAGCGCUGUAUCCAAGGAGCUGACGAGGCUCUUGAAGAUCCCGGUCGACACCUACAACAAUGUCCUGACUGUCUUGAAACUGAAACAUUUCCACCCGCUCUUUGAGUACUUCGAUUACGAGUCCAGGAAGAGCAUGAGUUGCUACGUGCUCAGCAACGUGCUGGAUUACAACACGGAAAUCGUCUCCCAAGACCAGGUAGAUGCCAUCAUGAACCUCGUGUCGACGCUGAUCCAGGACCAGCCAGACCAGCCGGCUGAGGAUCCAGACCCCGAGGAUUUUGCAGACGAACAGGGCCUCGUGGGCAGGUUUAUUCACCUCCUCCGUUCCGACGAUCCUGAUCAGCAGUACCUGAUUUUAAACACGGCCCGGAAACACUUUGGCGCGGGAGGAAACCAGCGCAUCCGUUUCACGUUGCCCCCCUUGGUCUUCGCUGCCUACCAGCUCGCUUUCCGCUAUAAGGAGAAUUCUAAAGUGGAUGACAAAUGGGAAAAGAAAUGCCAGAAGAUCUUCUCGUUUGCGCACCAGACGAUCAGCGCUUUGAUCAAGGCCGAGCUGGCAGAGCUCCCUCUGCGGCUGUUCCUCCAGGGGGCGCUGGCGGCAGGAGAAAUCGGGUUUGAGAACCAUGAAACGGUGGCUUACGAAUUCAUGUCCCAGGCGUUCUCUCUGUACGAAGACGAAAUCAGUGACUCAAAAGCCCAGCUGGCUGCAAUCACCUUGAUAAUUGGGACAUUUGAGCGGAUGAAAUGUUUUGGCGAGGAGAACCACGAGCCCCUGAGGACCCAGUGUGCCCUGGCGGCUUCCAAGCUGCUGAAGAAGCCGGAUCAGUGCCGAGCUGUCAGCACCUGCGCCCAUCUCUUCUGGUCCGGCCGGAACAUGGACAAGAACGGAGAGGAGCUCCACGGCGGGAAGAGAGUCAUGGAGUGCUUGAAAAAGGCAUUAAAAAUAGCAAAUCAGUGCAUGGACCCCUCUCUCCAAGUCCAGCUCUUCAUAGAAAUUCUCAACAGAUACAUCUACUUCUACGAAAAAGAGAAUGAUGCGGUGACAAUUCAGGUUUUGAAUCAGCUCAUACAGAAAAUCCGGGAAGACCUCCCUAACCUAGAAUCGACCGAGGAAACGGAACAGAUCAACAAACACUUUCACAACACGCUGGAGCACCUGCGCUUGAGGAGAGAGUCCCCCGAGUCGGAGGGCCCCAUCUACGAAGGGCUGGUCAUAUAGAGGGGGAGCCUCCUGUGUGUUUGCACCACACCCAACCGGAUCACCUUUCCAUUUACAACACAGUACCUGGGUUUUGUUUUUAUUACGGCAAUGCUAGAGUUUUCAUAGAUUUGUGCCUUUCGGAAGUGCCAAGUUAGGCUAUCUGCUCUCUCUGUCUCUCUCCUUUUUUUGCUAUCGUUUCAGUACUUGGCAUGUAUGUGCGACGUGUUCAGCGCUUUGCUUCCAAGCACUUGCGUUCACCACUUCUACCAGGUUUCCCCCCACCCCCAAAACUUUUUGGACCAGCAGCUCUGUAGAGACCAUCAGAAAAAUUAGCAUGGCUGAAGUCAUUCCUUCCUUUUUAAAAAAAUAAAUAAAUAAAAUCCAUGUGGCAAUGCCUCCCCCUGCCUCUCCCCCCCCCUUACAUUCUGAUUUGUCUUAGAUAACUUCUCUUCUCCCCCCCCCCAGCUCAGAAACCUUUAAUAUCCUAACCUGGCUUUCCACCUGCAAGUGUUAAUAGGUAGGGGGGGUGUUGGUUAGUUUUUACAGAGAGCUUUCAUUUUCUUUAUAGGUUGGAUUCUGCUUCUACCCUUUCCCCCCUCCCCACCCCCUGAGGUUAUGUCAGAUUUUUCUUCCCUCCUAUCCCUCCCCCACCCCUCUUAAAAACUAGAAUAUAUUAAUGCAUGUUUUUGGAGUUGUAAAGCACCAUGCUUAAAAAUUAAAUUCAGAAGUUUAUAUUUUGCAUAUGGAGGCUCUGUGACCCGCGGUGGAGGGCCAGUCAUUGUGCACAGGGCGAUAUUUAUCAAGGAAACUUUAUUUCCGCAUAGUAUUGAGGAGGAGGAGGUGGAGAAAAGUAAUAGAUGAAUUGUGGUCUCUAUAUAGUUCUAUGUAUAACCUUCGUUACUGUAAAAUUUAGAGGGGUGGGGGAACGCAUUACACAGUUCUGCUCCGUAUCAUGAAUUUGCACCAGUGAAACCAAUAAAGUUGCUAUUAACGAG